AUGACAAUGUCACAGCGAUCAGUCCAAUCUGUUAUUCUGAUCACAGAGCCCGGAAAAGCUGAAAUACACCAUGACCUCCCCAUUCCAACCCCAAAUACCAAGCAGCUUCUAAUCCGAAUACACGCCGUAUCUCUCAAUCCCUCCGAUUCAAUGGCACUGCACAGCUUUGCAAAACCAGGCUCAGGGAUGGGAUUUGAUUUCUCGGGUAUCGUGGAUGCAGUCGGACCUGAAUGUACGGAUUGGAGUAUCGGGGAUCGUGUUGCGGGGCUUGUUCAUGGGUGCUAUGGCCCAGAUUAUACGAUCGGGGCGUUUCGGGAAUAUAUCACGGUUGAUGCUGAGAUGGUCAUUCGAGUACCGGAUCAUUUAGACCUGAGUGAAGCAUCGACUCUGGGGAUGGGCGUUAGUACUGCUGCACAGGGAUUGUAUCAAUCAUUGAAAUUGCAACUACCACACAUUGAUGCUGCGAGAAAAGACGAGACCGUACUGAUCUAUGGGGGAGGAACGGCAACGGGCUAUAUUGCAGUACAGCUGGCAAAACUAUCUGGAUAUCGCGUCAUCACAACAUGCUCCAAGCACAGCAUGGACAGAAUCCGAUUGUUGAACCCGGAUGAGAUAGUUGACUACACUCAUCCUGAUGCCGUCGCCAUGACCCAGAAGCUAGUUCGUCCAAAUGGCCUAUCACUCAUCCUCGACUGUGUGGCCAACGAUUCUACUGCCGCAUUUUGCUAUCAAUGCUUCAGUCCACAAGAAAACCAGCCCUGCAUACACGCCUCGCUGAUGCCGAUCAACAACAUCCCAUCUCACGCUGCAUCAAUGAAGAUAACCAACAAGUUCAAUUUAGUCUACACUUGCUUUGGGAAAGAGUUUAAUCUAAUGGGUCAAACAUGGGAGGCUUCUGAGCUAGAUAGAAAGUUUAUGAUCUCGUUCUAUCGGAGGAUGGAAAGGCUGUUGGAACAAGGCCAAUUGCGGUUGAUGCCGGUUGAUAUUAGAAAUGGGGGGCUGAAGGGUGUUUUGGAGGGUGUUUCCGAGUUGAACAAAGAUAAAGGAAGAAAGUUGGUUUAUAUUGUAAGACCCGAAGAAAGUACAGGAUAA